AUGAGGCGAGCGCGCCCCACGGUGGUGCGCCCAUGGGGCAGUGUGUCCGCGGAAGUUAUCGUGCGCCACCUCAACGGCCCCGCGCACCCUUCCGCCGAUCCCAACGCCAUGCUCCCCUUCUGGCUCCCCAAAGCCUCUUCCGCCUCCGGCGCACCCGCCAGCGCCGGUACAGUCGCGCCAGAAGGCGGGCCGGCAGGAGGGGGGGCGGAGGCUGCUAUCAGCAGCAGCGCGGGGGGGGUCCAGGGCGGGGAUGCUGGUUGCGCAGUUGGGGGUGGUGCGGAGGGGUCGGGGGAGAGGUUGAGUAUGGGGAGCUGGCUGGAGAAGGAGGAGGUGCGAGUGGCGGCGACAGAGAAUGGCGAGCUGAUCGCAGUGGCGCUGGGCAGCACGCUCGUCAUUGCGGACGGCCAUGGCGCGCACGAUGGCAGGCCAGUGGAGCCAGUGAGUGUGCGGCCGGCGUGUGACAGUGACGACGCCAUAACGGCCCUGGAGUGGAUCACUUUUUCCGCCUUCAACCACCGCACCACCUCCGCCUUGGCCUCGCCCAACCGCCCGCCUGGCGCCUUCAUGUGUGUGGCGGUGGGCACGGCGCUGGGCUUUGUGCUCGUGUACUCCGAGACAGGCAUGCUGCUCGCCAAGCAGAUGGUGCACACGGAGGCGGUGGUGCGGCUGCGAGUGCGUGGCAUGGAGGCGGGCAUGGUGCGCAACGAUGGCACGCAGGAGCUGUGCGCCAUCACACGCAACGCCACCUGCGUCAUCAACUCCGUGCAGCUCCAGUCGGUGCUGAAGCAGCGUGUGAUCCAGCUGGAGGACACCGUGGCCGCCAAUGUGUCGCGUGGUUUCGCCUCUGCGCUCAGCUUCAUGGGCGCGGGGCGCAAGGGCGGGCGAGACGAGGAGGGCGGCAGUGGGUCGACGCUGGCGUUCAAGAAGUGGCGCACAGGGAGGGCCACCACCAAGUGGAGCGACGGUGCUGUUGCCGGCACCUUCCCCUCGCCACUCUUCCAAGUGCAGUCCCCCAAGCAGUCAUACUGCAUCGUGGCCGUGGGCCUGGACCCCACACUCGCUGCCUUCGCCCUCACCCCAUACCAUCACUUCCCUGCUGCAUGCAUGGUUCUGCCCCUCACUCCAUCCUACUUGCAUCACCCGUUCCAUCAUCUGCUUCCCAUCGCCAUGGCACAACACACACUGCACAUUCCUCGCCACUACAUUUCUCGCAACUCUCUCUGCUGCAUCCCUCCCCUGCCCGCAUGCCCUAACAGCGCCACAGAGCAGGGCGGGUGGGUGCAGCUCGCCACGAACGCCGCCAGCAACGUGCGCUCCCGUGCUGCCUCUGCUGCCUCCGCCCUCUCUCGCUCCAUCUCCCGCACCCGUCGCUCCACCUCCCGUAUUCCCGACACCCCUUCCUCCUCCUCGCACUCCCAGCCUCCCGCACAGCAGGCUCAGGCGCAAAGCGUGCCGUCGUCCCCCACUGUGCAGAACUCUCUCUCGCGCAGCAGCUCCAACUUCUCCUCCCCCCGCUCCACCACCUCCUCCUCCUCCUCCUCUUCCUCCAGCAGCCGCGCCAGCAGCGGCAGCAGCAGCAGCAGCAGCAGCAGCAGUGGCGGCAGCGGUGGCGGAGCAGAGGAGCAGGAGGGGAGGGAGCGGGUGGUGCCGCGGGGGGCGAUGGAGGUGGGCAGCAGCAUGGGCGUGGUAGCAGCGCUCAAGGACCACUCGCGCCAUGCCACGCGCCUGGCAGUGGCGCCCAGGGGCACGCUCAUGGCCAUCGCUGACAACCUGGGGCGCGUCAUGGUGCUGGACUCGCAGAUCUUCGCUGUUGUGCGCAUGUGGAAGGGGUACCGAGAGGCGGAGCUGGCGUUCCUGGAGGUGCCGAUAGUGAGUGCGGGCAUGACAUCCAUGGGGGGCGCGUCCCCCAACGUGCACCUACAGCUCGUGCUCAAGCCGCGCAACCUUGCCAUGUGCCUCGCCAUCUUUGCCCCACGCCGCGAGGUCGUUGAGGUGUGGCAGAUGGUGGGGGGUCCGCGCAUCGCUCUCUUCCGCUGUGCGAGCAACAGCCGGCUGCUGCAGCCAGCAGCAGUGAUUGGCGCCCCGCACACCGCGCCCCCGCCCGACCCGCACGCACCGCCCACGUCGUCGCACUCGCUGGACAUCUCCAAGGGCAUCUCGUCCCUCCUGCACGGCUCCUCCUCCUCGGCCAGCUCUGCCAGCGCAGGCGCACAUGGGGGCGCGGACGGCGUGUAUGGGCAGCGGCACCGUGCGUUCAUCCUGCAUGGCAACACAGGCCAGGUGUCAGAGAUCGUGCCAACUGUGCCGCUCACGGGCAGCCACCACACGCCAUCGGACGUGAACACUCGGGCAGGGGGCGCGCUGACAGAGAGCGACAUCUUCCAGCGCCUGUGCGACCUGCUCAAGCUCAAGCGCAACUCACGUGCUGCUGCCAUCGCCGCCUUCACCCACCUGCAGCACAAGGCCGCUGCUGCCGCUGCUGUCAGUGGCGCGGGCAAAGGGGUGAAGAAGAAGCGCGGUAAGAAGAGCGGGCUGAGUGAGGUGAGCGAGGACGAGGAGGAGGUGGAGGAGGAGAGGGAUGUGAAGGACUUGGCGAGGAGAAGGAGCAAGGGGGGUUUGGAAGGGGAUGACGCGGAGGAAGCUGAUGGGGAGGAGGGGAGGCAGACGGGCGGUGUGGGAAAGAGCGAGGGGAAGAGCAGCCGGUUAAAGGAAUCAACAGCCAAGGAUGGCGAGGAGGAGGAGGAAGGGGAGGAGGAAGGGGAGGAGGAAGAUGAGGAGGAGGAGGAAGGGGAGGAGGAGGUGGACGAGGAGGAGGAGGAGCUGCAGGGGCGGUUGUCUCUGCGCAUGCGGAGCUCGUUUGGAUGGGAGGGCAAGAAGGACGCGGACGACGAGGAGGAGCAGGUGCUGCUGCUCAAGCUCACCGCCGCUCUCGCCUCCCCUGUGCGCAAGCUGCAGGUGCUGGACCUGCUCAUUGCCACACGCCCUGCGCUCCCUGAGAAGUGCCACCUGGCGGUGAUGGAGGAUGUGCUGACGUGUGUGGAGGAGUGCGUGGUGUACAACAAGCACCUGCUCGAAACCGAGAGGCAGCUCGCCCUGCGGCAACAGCAGCAGGCGGCGCAGCAAGGGGAGGAGGGAGUGGGGGCAGCGGGGGCGGAGGGCGGGCUGGGGAGGGCGGCGCUGGAGGGUGCAUCGAGCCUGCUGUCAGGGGGGCUGGCCAUGUGGAAUCGGCUGGGGCAGCGCGGGGAGGCCGACAGCGGUGGGGGUGGAGAGGACGCAGGCGAGCGGGCGGGCAGGGAGGGCUCUCCCGGGCGAGCCAAGGAGGCGGCGGCAGCAGCGGGCGUGCUGGCGGGGGUGGGGUUGGGCGGCAGGAAGAUCCGGCGCGUGGAUGAGAAGCUGCUGCAGUACCUGGACCAGCGCUGUGGGCUGCUGCGCUGGCAGCGCCUGCUGCUCAAGGUCUUCAUCAAACUCAAGCGCGACCCGGACGCGGGUGAGGACGGCGCGGGCAAGGCAGGAGGGCGCGAGGAGGAUGGGUUGGACCUAGACGUGGAGCCCGAGAGGGGCCCUGCCAUCGGGUGGGAGCGGCGCUGGCGGCGGUGGCGGCGAAUGCGGGGCAAGGGGGGCAAGGUGAGUGAGGCGGAGGAGGCGGCGCUACUGGCGGAGUCGGAGGAGCGCAAGGCGCGGUACCAGGCGCUGGUGGCGGACCUGGGCGCGUGGAUCUCCCUGUGCGAGUCCGAGAGCGAGUGCAACUACCUCUGGAUGGAGAGCAAGGGCAAGGCAGGCGGGGGUGGGGGAGCAGGGGGGGGGAAGGGCGCAGGGGACGACGCGGGGGGUGCGACGCCGGCGAGCGGAGCGGAGGAAGCGGAUGAUGCUGUGGAGAGCCCGCCUCCCCCCAUGACGUCCACUGACUUCCUGCGCGCCUUCUCGUUUGACCCCUCCUGGGACCCCCGUGACACGCGCGAGGCCAGGCAGAGGGCCGCGCCCGGCGCCGGCAGCAAGGGGCGCGAGGCGGGUGCAGGGCAGCAGGAGAAGCAGGCGAGCAGGAAGGGCGACCUGUUCGGGUGGGGCAGCGACGGCGCGCGCGGCGACGACAAGGGCUUUGGCAUGUGGCUGGCCACAGGCAGUGAGCCGGCGGACCUGCGAGCCCUGGCGCAGUUUGUGAUGGGCGGCAUCCUGCAGGGCGAGGCGGGUGUGCGGCGGGUGUUUGAGAUCAUGGACGUGGUGCGGCUGUCGUGGGAGGACUGGCAGAGCCUCUUCCUGCUGUGGUUCCGCGCUGUGAAGGUGGACGAGCUGCUCUCCGUGGACCUGGACAUGCUCAUGGACGUGCUGCACCGCAUCAGCGGCCGCAUGCCCGAUAUUGAGGCCCGCCUUGCUCUCCCCGACGGCUGGCAGUUCACACCUGCUGCCACCGCUGCUGCUACCGUGCACGGCCGACCUGCCCCCGGGGCAGAUGGGGGGAAGGGCGCGGGAGGGGGUGGCGGGGGAGGGGGGGGUACGGGGCAGGUGGUGCAGGGAGGAGGAGGGGGGGCGGUGAUGGGAGGGGAGGGCGGGGUGGGCAAGGCGGAUUCGAGGGAGAAGUUGGAGAAGGCGCCUGAAGGGGGGCGGUACCCGCUGUUCCACGUGUGGUGCCACAACACGGGCGCGGUGGCCAAGGGACUGUUCCUGGCGCGGCUGUGCGCGCAGGUGGGCAAGGAGGACCUGCAGCAGCUGGCCGCUGCUCUCAUGAAGGGGCACAUGGGCACGCGCAAGCGGCGGCCGCGGCGCAGGAAGGGCGAGGAGGAGGGCGAGGGCGCGGACGAGGAGGCGGCGGAGCUGGACGACCAGUGGCUGCAGCUGGCGCGUGAAGAGACGUGGAUUGAGCGUGGGCUGGAGCAGUGGUUGGGGCUGGCGAACCGGGUGGACGACGCGUGGAUCCUGGGGCGCUCCCUCGCACACAUCUGCAAGCUCUCCACCGCGCGCGGCUAUCCCCUCACACGCCCCCGCGUGCCCGCAGCCGCAGAAGUGGGGCAGUUUGCGGUGGCGCAGUGGGUGGCGAAGCUACAGCUGCUCAUCUCGCCGUCCGCCAUUGUGGUGCAGCACCUGCACCGCUCCCUGCUCAAGAUCGGCCGCCCCUCCUCCGCUCGCCAACUGGGCAUCCGCCUGCUGGAGGAGGGGAAGAAGAUGGAGGCGGGGCAGGGGGGGAAGGAGGCCAGGCGCGGGAGGCGGAGGCGGGAGGGGCGGUGGGGGGAUGUGCGGGGUAGCAGGGUGGGCGAGGCGAGGAGGAAGGAGGAGGGUGAGUGGGCGAAUGACGAAGGCAGUGCUGAGGGUGACACGGAGUCGCUGCGCGGGUCGCACAACAGCCGCGGAGGCAGGGGGCGAGGUGGGGGGGAUGGUGACAGGGGCGGCGGCAGGGGAGGAGGGUCGGGGUCGGGGCGUGACGAGUGGGAGAAGAGCGGGAGUGGAGGGGGUGUGGAGAGGAGCGAGAGCGAAGGGGGCGAUAUGAGGGGCAGUGGGGGCGGGGGCAGUGUGAGGGGGGCCGGGGAGGAGGAUGCGUCAUCAGUGGUGGACGGGCACAGCGGUGCCAGUCCCAGGGGCUCCACCAGUGGCAGCGGCAGCGACUGGCGCCAGGGCGGCUCCGAGGGCGGGGGGCGCCCAGGGGGAGGGGGCGGGCGGGGCAGUGGGGGAGGGGGGGAGCGGGAGGGAGGUGGUGGUGGUGGUGGUGGUGGUGGCGGCGGCGGCAGUGGGAAGGGCCACAGCGGGCCGCUGGGGAGGCGGGGGGGGAGGAAGCCGGUGCCCAAGGGCAGCAGCAUGCUGCGCGCUCGCAAGCUGCUGUUGGCAGGGGAGUCCAUGCAGGCAUCAUCCGUGGACGACCUGGACGACCCCGACCUGCCCGACGAGGACGACGCCAGCACCGGCAUGCGCCACCGCAUCAUGGGCCGCGUCGGCCAGCGCGGCACUGCCAAACCCAGAGGCGGCGGCGGAGGGGGGGGAGGAGGGUACGGCGGGGAGGCAGAGGAGUGGGCGGAGGGCGGGGGGGAGUACGAGGAGUCGUGGAACGGGGAGGUGGAGGAGGAGGUGGUGCGCGACCCGAUAGACGAGGCAGUGGAGCGAGAGGAGGUGGAGGAGGCAGUGGAGCUGCUGAAAGAGAUGCUCGUGCGCUUCCCCGAGGCGUGCCACACGGACAUUCUCGGUGCACACCGCUCCAUGGAGCUGUGCCGCCAGUGGGGCCACGCAGUGGGGCUGGGCGACCCCCUCGCUGCCCCUCCUGCUGCUCCCAGCGCUGCUGCUGAUGUGCCCGUGGCGCCCUCGUGUGGCCCGCCGCCCACUGUGCGCGGAUAUGAUGCGGACGCCAACGAUUUGCUCUUCUUCACGCAUGAGCAUGUCUCCACGCUCUCCACGGUCGCGCUCAAGGGCGGCAUGGUUUGUCGCAUCUGGAACAUGCUGGCUGGCAGGCGAGCGGCGGCGGCGGUGUCGCUGAUGCAGACGCUGGCGAGGGCACCAUCGGAUGAGGAGUGUGAGAGGGCCAGCGGUGAGUGCAUGCAGGGGACGGAGGGGCACACACGGGCACUCUGCUCCGGGUCGUGGCUGGGGUGCACGACAGCAGCGGAGGCAGCGGGGUCACUGGGGGCGUACGAGGCGCUGCUGGUGCUGCUCUUUGACUGCACGCUGCUGUCAGAGGCCGGGGACGACUCCGACCGCGCCACCCAGGAGCACGAGGUCUUCCUCUGCAACAUCGACGACACGUGCCGCGACGCCAUUCGCGAGUUCCGGCGCAACACGCCGAGCAGUGAGCGCGUGCACGAGUACAUGCUGCUGAUGCGCACGGUGGGCGUGGCCAUGGCUCUCAACGUCGACUACGUGCCCCUUGCCGCCAUGUUCCGCUCCGGCCUCCUCGCCUCCUUUCCCAACCUCAUCACCCCGUCCCCACCGGACGUGGACGACGGGUUGGACGAGACGAAGAGGGCGGAGAUCCGGCUGCAGUUCCUGCUGGCAGUCAUCCUGGCACAGCUGCGCCACGGCCCCGUCACGCGCCCCGACCACUUCCUCGCAUCCACGUCGCGCACGGGCAGCGGCACGCGGCUGCGCGUGUUUGAGGCGCGGUACAAGGGCUCCUCCGCGUUCAUGCUCGCGGGCGACCUGGGCGUGCCGCACGAGGAGCUCAAGCGCCGCCAGGUGGCGCUCAAAUACCUCAAGCAGUGA